AUGGUGAUCGGAGAUGAAGGCCACCGUGAAAUUUCCGGAGGUGAGAGGCGGCGAGUAUCCAUUGGGAUUGAUAUCAUCCACGAUCCGAUUCUGCUUUUCCUCGAUGAACCAACCGCUGGUCUCGACUCUACAAGUGCACACUCAAGGAGAUCGAUCAUCUUAACGUAUGAAUCAUACGUUAUGGUAGGCGGUGUUGGCCUUGGAGCAACAAAGGACUGCAGCUCAGGUAUGGUGAUGCUUGUUGUGGUUAGGUAG